AUGUGGAUUGGGGGGGUGUGGAUAAAUCUUGACCCAUUCGUUAACAGGGUCUUGCAGGAGGCUCAGUAUGUUCCCAGGGUACUGACCAGAUCCCCAAAUUCCAGCCAUAAACCAAGCACCAGGCUGAGCCUUCACCUACCACAUACAUACAAGGCUCCGCCCAAGCAGCCGGCUUUGGGCGGAGCUACCGGGGCCAAUGGAUUUAAACUGGCAUUACAGUCCAAGGAAGGUCUGAGCAGGUUUGGGACCGGGUUCCUUGGAGAGGUCAGAGGGGCUCUGUGGGUGCUGGGUACUCCAGAGGUACCCCUCGUGGAACAAUCAGUGUGUCCCCUCCCUGCCAUCCCGGCAGGAAGGGAGGGCCAGCUGGGCCAUUCUUGGUCCCUGGGUGGAGGAGGCAAGGGAUUAGAGUAG